UUGAGACAAUCACGUUUGUAGCACUGCCGUUGGGUGCUGUAAGCAGACACUGUAGUGUAAGCAGCAGCAGCAGUACAAUAGCAGCCAGUACCAUCCAGCCAGUACAGCCAGUAACUAGCGAAGGCUCAGGCUCAGGCUCAGGCUCAGGCUCAGGCUCCGGCUCCCUCCCAUAUCAUCCCCCCCCAGCCGACGCGCCAUCCACGAAUUCCAUUAUCAACACAUCAACAUCCAUCUGCACCAUCACCACCACCACCCAUUUUUUCCACUUGCACUGCACAUACUGAUCCACCCUCAACACUCCACCUCUGCACCGACCAAACUUACCUUCUGAUCACCACAACACCAUCCAUCCCCCUCAAUACCAUCGCAUCAUACAAUGGCUGGUGGAAAGGGUAAAUCUUCAGGCGGCAAGUCCUCUGGAGGGAAGGUCGGCGCGGAUGGAAACAAGAAGCAGCAAUCCCACUCCCAAAAGGCUGGUCUUCAGGUUAGUACAAGCACAUGCAUCCACUUUCUUUUUUUUUUCACUCUACUCGUCCACCACGACAUCAUGACUUUCGCAUCGCCUUUCCAUCCACAAUUCGCGAUGCGACUACCAUCCUAGAGCUGGAGCUAGAGCUUGCGACACCCCACCAUGUCGCGUCAUCGUCGCAAACAUGCAGUUCUGAAGCAAAUGGGCAUUUUGCGCAAGGGAGGGGAGGAGAGGGCUUCACCACCACGCGCCACGAGAACAAAAUGCAUCUAUAGAUCUAUCACUUGAUCUUGCUAUCGCAAUAUUUCUGCUGGCAUGACGCGACUGAAAUCGCUGUUGCGAUAGCUUCAUGUAGCAAUACUAUCGCCAUUUCGCAGACAAUUUCACCAGCAGUCUGCUCUCGCAGAAAUUCACCACAAGACGCGAAAACAAAUUCCCAAUAUAUACUAAUUGGAAAACUCGCAGUUCCCAUGUGGUCGUGUCAAGCGUUUCUUGAAGAACAACACCCAAAAUAAGAUGCGCGUUGGAGCAAAGGCCGCUGUUUACGUUACCGCCGUCCUCGAGUACCUCACAGCGGAAGUUCUGGAGCUCGCAGGAGUGAGUCACUACCUCCCUCCCUCACUCACUAUUAUACUGAUUCCCUCACCACUAGAACGCCGCCAAGGACCUCAAAGUCAAGCGUAUCACUCCUCGCCACCUUCAACUUGCCAUCCGUGGUGACGAAGAACUCGAUACCCUCAUUCGCGCAACCAUCGCUUUCGGAGGUGUUCUGCCACAUAUCAACCGUGCUCUGUUGCUAAAGGUCGAGCAAAAGAAGAAGCAAAAGGCUCUCGAAGGAUAGAUACCACAUGUUUUCUACUUUCACAAUUUCACACGCCAGAUUCAUGGUCUUGGUUUCUCCGGUUUGAUUUGGUUCCACGUCUUUUUUCUCUUCUUUUUACGUACGACUGUCGUCGUACUGGUUCCAGAAUUUGGAGGUGUAUUGGGAAAACUUUGAUUGGCUUGGACUGCUUUUUGUCAGGGUUGCUUGCUGGCUUUACAGCGUUUGGGAUGGAGGGGCGAAUGUUUAUGAGUUGAAGUACAACAAGCUGAAGGUGGAAUGAUAUGAAAUACCCAUCGCCCAAGGCUUUUCUAUGGGUCC